UGCAGAUCCACUCGUCGCUCUUUUGAAACGGAAGUGUACGAGCACUUGUCACGAGAGCUCGCGCAACUUCCGGCCGGUUCAAAUUUUUUGCACUCUUUUUAAUUUCUCAAAGCCAAACUAGUCUUUUCUUGGAAGUAGCCCGUUAUGGACAUCCAGAGUAUUGAACCAAUGGCCCUCGGCUCUCCAACCUCCCCCAAGCCUGGGGCUCAGUUUUUACCAGGCUUUCUGAUGGGAGAUCUGCCUGCUCCAGUAACACCUCAACCCAGGUCUUUUGGAUUAACAGGAGGUGGAGCAGAAACAAAGUCUCCUCUGAUGGCAGGUGGGUCUCCUCCACAGCCGGUUAUGCCAACACCUAAGGACAAGAGUGGAGCUCCUCCAGUCAGAAGCAUUUAUGAUGACCUGAACAGCUCUGGUGUGGGAAUGUCACCUCUUGCUGCUCGCAAACAACCAUUUGCUGGAGUAUACACACCGUUUUCUGGUCUGCCAGGGACACCAGGAUCAGCCUCCACUCUGUUUAGUCCUGCGGGACAACAGAGGAAGACAACACUCUCACCAGCUCAAGUAGACCCCUUCUUCACACAAGGAGAUACUCUGUCCUCUGAAGAUCUGCUAGAUGACACCUGGGUCACAGUGUUUGGGUUCCCACCAGCAUCUGCUUCAUACAUCCUUUUACAGUUUGCACAGUACGGAAACAUAAUAAAACACGUAAUGUCUAACUCAGGCAAUUGGAUGCACAUUCAGUAUCAGUCUAAACUACAAGCACGGAAAGCUCUCAGUAAAGAUGGGAAGAUAUUUGGAGAAGCCAUAAUGAUUGGCGUCAAACCGUGUAUUGAUAAGAGUGUAAUGGAGGGCUCAGACAAAGUCAGCACUUCUAGUUCGGUCUUCACACCCCCGAUAAAAUGUCACGGAACCCCCAGUCAGCCUUUAUCAACUCCUCGAUCCGUCAUGAGACCCCUCAGUGUCGCUUACAAAGCCUCCAGUAGUGACUACCAGGUUGUGUCGGAUCAACAGACUCCAAAAAAGGAUGAUAGUUUCGUAUCAAAAGCGAUGGAGUAUAUGUUUGGCUGGUAAUUGUUUGUUUACGGGUCCUGAGGAAAAGCUCUGAAACCAUCAACAGCCUCACAUGCGUUGAUACUCUGAAACUGACAUUGGGUUUUGGAGUGAAUGCAAAAGCACUUUAUCUCUACUACUAAUGGACUUUGUGUGCUGUAUUAUGGUAUACUCUUAGGUGUUUCACAUGGAUUUCAGCUGUUGUGUUUGGUUAGAUGUCCCUUUCUUUAGACUGUCCUGAAUAUGCCUCAAAAUGAUACUAUUUAAUUGAAUGAUGUACCACUGAGUAUUAAGCAUUUCUGUCACAUCAAAACAUGCAACUGUUUGACAAAGUUUGAGCUAGAAAGGGAUCCAAAUCAAGACGCUAUGGUGUUAAAUAUGUUGUUCUGCAUUAUUGGUUUGUAUAAAAGAAUGAAUGAGUAAAUAUCUGAACACUUUCAGCUUUUGCAGAUGAAGACCUUAAUCAAGGAUUCAGUAGUCUUUUCAUUGGUUUACAUACCUCUGUUUUUAGGUUGUUGUGGGUUUUCACUAACUUUAUCAAUUGUUUUAAUAAAACAGAAAAUCCAUUUUUAAGAAAUUUGCAAUUUUGAAUAUACUCUCUCUCUCUCUUUAAUAAACACGAUGUAUACUUAAAAA